AUGAAAACUGGGUCGAACUUAGAAUCAUUGGUUGUUCCAAAAAGUGAUGAAAAACCAAGGGACUUGCGUUCAUGGGCGAAGAAAACAGAUUUUGUUUCUGAUUACUCAGGAGAAGUAGGGUCAAGUGGAAGUGAAAAGUUUGAGCUUUUUGAACAGAGAGGAAGAGGGUCUUCAUCUUCCACUGAGAUAGAAAUAGGACAGAACAAGGAUGCUGAGAUCCAACGUGUGAAUGCAUGGUGCUGUUGUUGGUUUAAGUGUCUGGGAAAUAGAAAUGUCAAGCCUGUGUAUAUGAGAAACGAGAAAUGA